AUGGCUGUUGUGGAUAAGUUUACUGAGAUGGCUCGGGCAAAAGGUAUCACGAUGCCUCAGCUGGCGCUUGCCUGGUUGCUGGCGCAGGGCGAUGAUAUUUUCCCUAUUCCGGGGUCUUCGAAAGUUCAGCGACUGGAAGAGAACUUGGACAGCAUUUUUGUCUCUCUGUCAGAUGGGGAGGAGAAGAUUCUUCGUGAAUACGCAGACGGUAUUGUUGGUGAUCGAGUCCAAAGUAAGAUGGGGUACGCUUUUGGAGACACCCCUGCACGGGAGGAGUAG